UUAUUGUCAACCUAACCGUACGUCGGAUCAGUCGAGAUUCUGUCGGGCUCUUGAAGUAAUAUUUAAAGUAAAAUAAGCACAUACAGUCACCGGAGACUGAGCGAAGCCCAAGAAGAGAAGAAAACAGCACCAGUUGUAGAGUGGUAGAUUUUUCCUCUUGUACUUAAGUAACACAGCCAGGCUUUUUAUUUUUCUUCUCACUUUCGGACGGUGAAUGUAACUCUCAUUCGUGGUACGCGGACUCCUCGAUCGGUGCAAAAAUCAGCAGUAGAGAUAAGUGCAAGUUCCAAAGGGAGAAAUUUUCGUGAAUAGCACGUAGUUGGUGAUUUGUGCACGAUCGUAGAAACUCAAUUAGUGCUCGUUUGAAGGAAUUUCUGAAACAGAUUGAGCUCUGCGCAGCAAGUAAAGCUGCACUCCCACAGAACGCGACCGUCGACGACGCGGGGAUUGUGCGCGUGGGGCUUGGGCCACGAGCGAAGAAGUGAUCGAAAAGCAAACGCAAAGAGUCGUCACGAGUGUUUUGUGAGCCGAAUACUCGAGCACGGGUGCGACCAAGUGUGUUGGUGAGGUGCUUCCAAUCGCGAGUGUAGUGGCGAAUUUCUUAUUAAAAUUUUUGUUUCCGAUUUUGGUCGAUUUUAUUGGAAGUAAGUAAAGAAGAAAACGGGUUAACUAAGGAAAAGAGUAGAAAUUGAGCGGUUGUGGCGAAAAUAUAGGGAAACGAAAUAAGUUGAUUCAUAGGCAUUUCCUUACAUACACUAGUACGAGGAACGUGUGAGAAGAGUGGUUUUUUUUGUUGCCGCUCCAGAAUAUUAGCGACGAACGCAGAGGAAUUACUGAAGGGAUGGAACGGCAGCACUAGAUUAUACAUUUAACGAGUGUAGAAAAAGUGCAUAAUUUGAACGAACGAUACAUACCAAGAGAGAGAAUAAUCAUUGGGCGAAGUGUUCUGGAGCUAUACCUGACCGAAAAGAUAAUACAAAAUGAGUACGUAUUGCAACAGCAUCAGCUCGGAUAACUCUCAGACGACGCAAAGCAUUGCGGACUAUCUGGCACAGUUACUUAAAGAUAGGAAGCAAUUGGCCGCCUUCCCAAAUGUGUUCAAUCAUGUGGAGCGUCUGCUGGACGAAGAGAUAUCGAAGGUACGGGCUUCAUUAUUCCAGAUCAAUGGAGUAACCAAGGAACCUCUAACCCUGCCAGAACCCGAGGGAGAAGCGAUGACCUUGAACGAGAAGGUCUAUGUACCCGUUAAAGAACAUCCCGAUUUCAACUUUGUGGGUCGAAUUCUUGGCCCUCGAGGAAUGACCGCGAAACAACUGGAACAAGAGACGGGUUGCAAAAUAAUGGUUCGGGGGAAAGGCUCGAUGCGCGAUAAGAAAAAAGAGGAAGCAAACCGGGGUAAACCCAACUGGGAGCAUCUGUCUGAUGAUUUACACGUUUUGAUUACCGUUGAAGAUACCGAGAACCGAGCUGCAAUGAAAAUCAAACGUGCUCUGGAAGAGGUCAGGAAACUGUUGGUCCCACAUGCUGAAGGCGAAGACGAACUGAAAAAACGGCAGCUCAUGGAAUUGGCCAUCAUCAACGGAACAUAUCGGGACUCGAGUGCAAAGGCCGUCCCUGCCGAAUUGAGCUUUGAAACAGCAUACGACGGAUGGAAGCAGCUGGCUGCUGAGCAACGUCUAAUGAACCCUGCAGCCUUCACCGGUUUGACGACGAAUCAUCUGGCUGCUGCCGCAGCACGAAAUGCCGCCAAUCCGCUCGGUGCUCCCCUGAUUUUGUCGCCACGAAUCUCCGUGCCUACCACUGGUGCCAGUUUAAUGACCGGUGCGGCACCACCGACAAUCGACCAUACCACCGGACUGAUAUACACCACAUCACCGUACGGCGACUACACCAGCUAUGCUGCGCUUGCUGCCGGAAAUCCGCUGCUCGCGGAGUACGCCGAUCACAGUUUUUCCUCCCGUUUCCAACCAUUUCCGCGCCAUCUAGGACAGAUGACGGUUUAGCAUGGUGGAUGAUAUUUCGCGACUAGUCACACCCAUGACUGUCUUCUGUCAUGUGCUCAAAAUUUAUGAUCUGUGCUGUCCUACCAGUGCCGUGAUGCCGAAUAAUUGCAAACGUCUCUAUCCUUGUUCCAGGUCAGACAGUUUUGAUGGACCCGAUGGCACAUCCUUUCGUAACUUUCGUUCCGUACUUCUUCCCUCAAACCGAACCAACAAAUCAGUGAGUCAGUUCAUCCGGGGUGCUUUAGUUGACACCUUUUCCCGUAUGUGUGCCAUGUGAAGUGCCUGCCUGAUGCAAGCCUGAAUACAUUCUCAGUAUUCUCAGUGAAAAUCACAAACAUUCACCAUCAAGUGAAGAAAGCGCCCGAUGCCGACAGCAACCCAUGAUUGACACGUGUGGAUUCCAAUGUUUGCACAUGUGCAUCGAGAUAGUGAUGCAAUGCCCGAAGUGAGAAAGAGUGGAUGCAAGCUGAGUAAAAUCGUUCGAGUUGUGCUUAGUUGUUUAUUCAAGACAAAUUGUAUAAUGUAAUUAGUUAGCUAUUUAAAUUGUUGGUAAAUAAUGCAAACUCAGUUAGUAGAAUUUUGGCAAUUCAAUGCAAUAAUAUCUACGGGAAAGAAGGAGCAGUGGAUGCGGAGAUAUUUCGUACAGUAAGCUGUUGCAUAUUACGUUGUUGCUUUCGACGACAUUGUGCGAAGCCUGGAAUACAGCAUGAAGCGACAGAUUCUUCUACAUCAUCAUCAGAUCUACAUAUUCAGAGACCCCAAAACAAGAUGAAUGUCGCUCUCAGUCGUUACCGGUUUGCAUCUGAAUGUGGAUCCACGAUAAUGCUUUAUCCGUUGAAACUUUUCUAUGAUGGCGAUGCAAACCGUUGUUCCGGGUGCAGCAUGCCCCAUCGCUGCACGUCGAUCGACACAGAUUCGUGAAACAAUGCAGAAAAAAAACAAUAAACAACAACAGAAAAAAACGUCCACAGCCCGGUCAAGCCGAGUACGCCGAAAAAGAGAAAGGAGUCUGUGCGCGAAAUGAUUGCAAUGUGUACAGUAACGCGAACGAAAGAAUAAAGCAAGGGAAAGAAAUAUCGAAUAUGUACACAAAGAAGCUACAAAAACAUGAAUUAACUUGGCGAAUGCUGAAAAAAUGAACGUAAACACCAGUUUUGGAUUGAUGAGGAGACAUUCCAUACAAACCGUUAUAAAAGCCAGAAACUUGUGCAGUAGGUACCGCGUUUUAAACUAGCAGCAAGAAAAUGUCCAUGGUGCUUUUGAAGCGGAGAAAACAGAGAGUGCCAAAUCGACCCCCCAUCCCUCAAUCUGACCACCUUCUCCGGUUACCGUCUCACAGAAAGUGUGACGCGGUGGGAAUAUUGGCAUUCAACCGACAACGGUAGCAGGAAGACACAUGAGGGGACUGCAUCACGGUCGCCGAAGCAGUCAGCAGGCAACCGGUUGUCCGGUAGGUGUGCAAGUACAUUCGCACGAAACCAACCAAGCCCGGAAAGUAGCUCAUCGUUGUCCGCACAGCCAAAGCGGGGGAUGCACUUCAGUGCAGCUAAGUAGUCAUUUUUUUUACCUAUAUUCAUAAGAAAUCGACCCAAAAUUGCAGUUUUAUACACCAGUUACCAAGUAUUUAAAGUCGUUGGUCUAUUCUUUUCUACGUACUCGUAUUGAUUUUAUUAUUCGUAAGUUUAAGAUAUUUUAAGAACGUGAAACAAUGCAGACUCGGUAGAAAGAAAAAAACAGGAGCAUCACGCUAAAUUUUGACGAACAAUGAGAUGAAAUACUUCCACCAUGUGUAGAGAAAGUUUAGAUUUUAAGCAGAAAUGUUUCUUAUUUGCUUUGUUAGAAUGUGGCGAACUAGUCUAUAUUAAGUUUAGGUGUGUAUGGAUGAAAAUCGUAUCGAAAAUCCUUCUUUUGUAUUGUAAAUGUAUUAGUAUUUAAUGACAGCUUUCUUAGUAUUAUUAAAUAAGUAAACUAUUUAUGUAUAGCAUAAUA